GGAAAGGCAAGUAGCAAGUAAACUGCCACAAAAUGCAGCAGAUGUACGUAUACCUGAUACCGCGUUGCGUAAAUAUUUUUCUGCAAAGUACGCCGGUACUUUCACUUAUAACUUAACGACUUUUCACUGUACGUCGCUAUUAUUUUUCCGUUCAUAUUCGGGAAGAUGGAGUUGACGGUGGCGGCUGUAGCUCUUCUAUUAGUCGCAACGCUUUUGUUCGACUGCGGCACGGCAAAGAACUGCCACCUGGCACUUCCACCAGUCUACAUCGACGGUUGUCUCGCCUGUGAGCCGUACUGCAACAACCCCAACCCUGGUUGUGAACUGGUUUCGGCCAACUGUCCCGAACAUCCGUUAGGAGCACGAGACUGCGUCUGUAAGCCAGGAUUUCUGCGCAACGCAACACGCGGGGAUUACAAUAUCCCCUCCAGCUGCGUGCUGCCCAGUCAGUGCCCCGGCGGCGCACCGAAAACAACGACCCCGGCGCCCGCCUCCUGCCCCGCCGGCAGCCACCAGAUCAUGGGUUGCGCUCGGUGUGAGCCAACAUGCGACUUUUCUUUUAUCGACCCUUCUUGCCCAGUGAGGUGGACCGAUUGCCCCGAUAAACGCGUCUGUGUCUGCGAGCCGGGCAUGAUGCGCACUCGGCAAGGAACCUGCGUGCUGCCCCAAGAAUGCCCACCCAAGGAACCCACCUGCCCCGGCCAGUACGAGAUGCUCGGUUGUUUUAACUGUGAGCCGACAUGCCAGUUUCCCCAAGUGAGACCGUGUUUUGUGACUUAUGCUGCAUGUCCACGGCCACGCCAGUGCGUUUGCGAACCUGGAACGCUGCGCUCCUAUGCACAAACCUUUGGUGAGGCAACAAUUUGCGUGCUCGCUGACCAGUGUCCGAAACCGGAUUCUGAUCCCGAGGGACGCAAAGGUCCCCAGGCGCAGUCUUCAGGGAAAAAAAUAGGUCGUAAUGAUUUCUGUCUGGGUAUGACCUGGAUGGAUUGUUUAUUGCGUCAAUUGGGCUUUAUUCGUCGUCGUCAUGCUUGACGACUUUGUUCGGUGCUGUAGAUGAGAGUCCCGUCAUGGAUGUAAACUGCUCAGUUCCGAGCAUCUGCAUCGCUCGCUUACAAAUGCAGCUGUGUUUUUGCUCCAACUUCUAAACGAAAUAUUUUACGUAACGGAUGUUAUAAAAUCUCAAAACUGUGCCGGUGAUCCGGUGUUUUCUCGGUUCUGUUAUUCGCAAAUCAAUGGUAUCUGAUAUUCUUUUCUGAUGUACACAGCACGACCUUCCGGUUCAUCGGUGCGGCGAAUAAGAUACGCAAAUUAAACAAAA